AUGGAUAGCAGAAGCAAAAUGCCUAAUCUUACCUCCACGUCUGAAUUUCUGCUCCUGGAAUACUCAGACAUUCGAGAAGUACGGAUCAUAUGUUUCUUUGUGUUCCUCACAGUAUAUUUGACUGCAGUGACUGGCAACCUUCUGAUCAUCCUUGCUGUAGCCCUGGAUCAACAUCUGCACACCCCCAUGUACUUCUUUCUCAUGAAUUUGGCCAUUCUGGACCUUGGCUCAGUUUCUGUCACGGUACCCAAAGCCAUGGCCAGUUCUCUCAUGAACAAUUGGUCAAUUUCUUAUUCAGGAUGUGUAGCUCAAGUUUUCUUAUUAUUAUUAUUUCUACAGUCAGAUUUUUUCAUCUUGACAAUAAUGGCACAUGAUCGGUAUGUGGCUAUCUGCAAUCCAUUGCAAUAUGAGACAAUUAUGCACAGAGGAGCCUGCAUUCAGAUGACGGUCAGUGCAUGGAUUGCUGGUAUACUUAAUGGAGUGUUACACAGUGGAGGAACAUUUUUUAUCACCUUCUGCUCCAACAUCAUCGAUCAGUUCUUCUGUGAAGUCCCACAGAUUUUGAAACUUGCCUGUUCAGACAUGUAUCUAGUGGAAGUUGCUUUGAUUAUAUUUGGUUCUUCCCUUGGAUUAGGAUGCUUCAUCUUCAUCAUUGUCACUUAUGUGCAGAUUUUUGCAGCAGUGCUCAGAAUCCCUUCCGUGCAUGGUCAGAAAAAGGCCAUCUCCACCUGCCUUCCCCACCUCACUGUGGUCUGUUUGCUUGUAUUUAGUGGUAUCUUUGCCUAUGUGAGGCCUCACAGUUACUCUUCAUCUGACUUGAAUGUACUUUUCGCAGUAAUUUAUGCUGUAGUCCCUCCCUUGCUCAAUCCAUUCAUUUAUAGCAUGAGAAACAAAGACAUUAAAAAUGCAUUGUUGAAACUCUGUGAUUUAAGUUACUUUUCUAAAGUGGGUGCUAAGGCUGAAAAGGCCCUGGCCCACAUUGAGGCCAAACGGACCUCCCAUGGGCCAGGGGCAGAAGCUUAG